AUGAGUGUCCGAACACGCCGCUCGAAACCGCCGAUUCGAGACGAGCUUUCGAUCUCGACCUCGACGGGUACCCGUGGAAAAGGUACUCAGAACGGCAACAUGGACAACACGGAAUAUCGACGGAAGACGUCGCAAAAGAUCGACUCGAGCCAAGUUACCGGGAACCUCAUGGCCCGCGAAUCCUUCACCCUGGACGACCCCGUCCCCAAGACACCCACUGUCAACAACCACGGCUUCUUGGAGCUUCCCAAGCAGGACCAGAAGAACUUUGGCCUUCUCGUGCUGCUGUACUUCCUCCAGGGCAUCCCCAUGGGGCUUGCGCACGGCUCUGUGCCCUUUCUUUUGAAAGAGCACUUGUCCUACGGUGAGAUCGGCAUAUUCAGCUUGGCUGGAUACCCGUACUCUCUGAAGCUGCUGUGGAGUCCCAUCGUUGAUGCUUGGUGGAGUCCAAAGGCUGGCAGGAGAAAGAGCUGGAUCCUGCCUAUCCAACUCAUCUCUGGUCUGGGCAUGUUGGUACUCGGUUCCGUGAUUGAAGAUUGGAUGUCUACAACUGGCAAGCCAGGCGGCCCAACCAUCUGGAACUUCACCUAUUGGUGGUUCUUCUUGGUCUUCACAUGCGCAACUCAGGACAUCGCCGUCGACGGCUGGGCUCUGACGCUUCUCACGCCCGGAAACGUUUCCUACGCCUCGACAGCCCAGACCGUCGGCCUCACAGCCGGCCAGUUCAUGUCGUAUACCGUUUUUCUUGCCUUCAACUCCGCAGAUUUUGCCAACAAGUACUUCCGAUCCGAACCUCUUGAGACUGGUCUGCUGAGCCUGGGAGGCUACCUGACUUUCUGGGGAUGGGCUUACAUCUUGGUGACCAUCGGACUUGCUGUCUUCAAGCGGGAAGAGAAGACCAAGAACGAGGAUGGCAUCUGGGACGUCUAUAAGAUCAUGUGGGGAGUUCUGAAACUCAAGAACAUCCAGACCAUUAUCAUUGUUCACUUGAUCGCCAAAAUUGGUUUCCAAGCCAACGACGGUGUCACCAACUUGAAAUUGCUGGACAAGGGUUUCGGAAAGGAGAAUAUGGCUCUGACCGUCCUGAUCGAUUUCCCAUUCGAAAUCGGUCUUGGUUACUACGUGGGCAAGUGGUCGCAGGAGUACACCCCAAUGCGACUCUGGUGUUGGGGUUUCAUGGGCAGAUUGGUUGCUGCUCUAGUCGCCCAGUUUACUGUAGUAAUCUUCCCUGCCGGCGGUGUCACCUCCUGGUAUCUGCUUUCGGUCAUUUUCAGCCACAUCUUCUCUACAUUUACCAACACCAUCAUGUUCGUGGCUGUGUCGGCUUUCCACGCGAGAAUAGCUGACCCCGUCAUUGGUGGCACUUACAUGACACUCCUUGCAACCGUUUCGAACUUGGGCGGCACUUUCCCAAAGUACUUUGUUCUCCGCCUGGUGGACUACUUUACGGAGGCGACAUGCCAUCCACCCACCACCAAGAUCGAUACCUCCACACUCAAGUCUCCAUUGGUCACAGCGCCGUUCGCUUGCUCUGUGCAAGGUGACAAGGAGCUGUGUGAGAAUGGAGGCGGCUCCUGCGAGAUGCUCCGGGAUGGUUACUACAUCGUCAACAUUAUCUGUGUUAUCGUCGGACUUACAACUUUCCUUCUGUAUAUCCGUCCUAGGGUCCUGCACCUACAGAGCCUGCCGCUAAGAGCUUGGAGACUGGCA